UAUACUGAAUCUCGGUAACUGGAGUUUAAUCCUGAGGUUUUAUGGUUUAGCUGUAUGCUACUGUCACAUCAGCUAGCUGACGUCACAUAUGCUACAAUGCAUAACGGCAAAGGUUAAUGUCAUUAAUGUCUUUGCCUUUCAGUUAUUUCUGUUCAGGAAGUUGUAUGAGUCCCUAGUAUUUUUCAGUCUUAAUCUUUUAACAGUCUUGUUUAUUUUAAAAUAUCUUAAUUAUUUCUGUGGUCAAAUACGCUGCUGUGCACUUCAUUAGUUUUAUCUCUUCUGUCUUUUGUCAUCGUAUAUCCUUUACUUUCAAUGUCCAGAUUCUAGAUAUACUGUGAGAGUAGUGAAACAAUGAUAAUGAAUUUUUAUACACUUGCCUUUGAUGUUUACUGUUUUUGCAGUAUGUUUUAUAUAUGUAUAUACAUAUCCAUUGUGGAUAUGAUUUUUUUUUCAUAGUCUUUUACAGGAGGAAUUUUUUUAAUCCUAAAAUUUCUAUUGGCCUUACAAUUUUAUUGAGGUAAAUAUGGCCUGUAGGGAGCCAUCUGAGAGCCUUGAUAUGGCCAUUACUGGUUGUUUAAAUUCUUUAAUAGAGUGUAAUUAAUAUGUUAAUUUUUAUAACAUCCUCUUCAGAAUACAAGAAACUGUAGUGCUGUGGGGUAUUAACAGACAUGUUCUGUUGAAUCACACUUUAUUUUUCAGUCCAGGAAGCAGUAAAAUAUCUGAUUUGUGUUCAGGAGGUACAUGCUUCAGAUCUUGGCAGAGAACUUGCAGUAUUAAUGGAGGGUUUCUCUGGUUUUCCUCAGUUCCUGUGGACCAAUGCCUUUCCUUAAAAUAAGCCAUAGAUGUUCCAUUCUAGAUCGUCCUGACUCCCUGUCAUGUCUCAUUAACUCUACGUUUCACCUGUAUUGCAGUUAAAGCAACAUUAAAUAACCUGUGAAUGAAACAUUUCUCUUAAUACCUGAAACAGCCUUUUUAUGCUAUAAUAUUAAUUUAAGCUGAUAUAUGAUGAUAUAAUCUGGAAUUAACGGACCGUGUCUACCCUUCUUUCCUUACUACCACUUCAUUUAGAUAAAUAUUAUCAAUAAUACAGCUAGUACCUGGAGUGCAAUUCAUUUAUUUGUGGCUAAUCACUUUUGUCGUAGUUCUAAAAUAACUGUACAUUUUAUGCUGUUAAUUUCAUGUUUUCAUUCAGAUCAUACGUAAUUUUAAAACUCUUAUGUUCUUGGCAAGUUAAGGAGAAAAGUAUAUUUUAUGUAUAAAACAAUUAUAUUUUAAUAUAAAUCCAUUACGUUUUACCCAUUUUUGAGUUAACAUUGCCGGGCAUUGUCUUCAAAUGUACGAGAAGUCUAUCUAUGCAUGUAAUUGUGAAACGUAUGCAAGCUUAGUCGUAAAAUUAAAUAAAUAAAUAAGUUAAAAUUAUCCAAGACAAAUGGGAUCCAUGGAAGAGAAGUGAAGUGUGAAUUUCAUUUUUAGUGCAUACAGCAUCAAAAUAUAUGUUUAAUAAGGAAGAAAGGAUACAUUUUCUAGUUCCUGUAAUCAAGUAUCAGACAUUCAGUCCUUAGACAUGGCAUGCAUCUAGUAACAGUCCAGUACUAAUUAUAAGUCUACAAAUUAACUUUCAAGCAAGAUAAUUGAAGAGAAAAAUGUAUUAAAAUUAAAGGUGUUAAUCAAGGCCCAGCGGUGGGCCGAUCCGUCAUCCAAGGAGUCCUACCGAAUGUCCAUAGAUCAAGCCAACUGAAAAAGUUGGUGACCCGUAAAGGGUACCGGAAAAUGUACAAACAUUGUUAAAUCGGAAAGAAGAAGAUGUUUAUCAACCAUUACUAAUGAGCUGCCCACAUUACAUGAUAAAUAUUUGAAUCAUAUCCAUAGGUGAACAAGUACGAAGUUUAAGAAACGGUUUACAGUUUAAUUGUUCAUUGUCUCUGAAGUAUGUAUACCUCACUAAGAAACUAUUUAAAAAUUGUGUGCCCAAGCCCUGAACAAACAGCACAUUGUCUUACCCUCAAUCCAAAGUUAGGGGGUUCAUUUUGACACCUGUCUGGUAUUAGUGUAAUGUAGAAGAUUUUUUUAAUAAUGAUGUCGAUAUUUUACAUUUCCCUUAACUGAAGAAACUGAAAGAAAUUACAGUGUGCAAUGUAACUUAUUCGCAUAUUGCCUGCCAAAUGCCAACAAGCUGCCUUAAUCACUUGUUUGGUACACUAAAAUGAACCUUCAACAUUCCAGAGGGUGUCUCUGAGCCAGAGAUUGCAAUUAACCUCAAUCUAGUGGACCAAUCAGAGAAGGUUUUAUCACCUGAAGACAGGGUAGAGCCAGCCCCUGAAAUGUUGUGAUAUCAUUUUAUUAUACUGAAUAACAGAUGUAGUAGAAAAGAACAACAAUAAUGGCUCCCAGAAGAGUCAUCUUCAUUGAUAGUCAGUAUGCUUAGCAUGGGGACAAGUCCUCUGACAUGCAAACGUUACUGCAUAGCUAGCCAGUAUUUCCCUGACUAGAAAGGAAGUCAUAUUCUUAAUACAUUUUUUCCUUUGUGUAUACAGUUUUACAUUAAAAUUUCUUUCUAUUUAGGAUGUUAUAUUUCUUUCCUGAUAUCUAUAGGUCCAUCACACCUGGUUUCAGGUUGAACUUGAAAAGAAAGUACUAAACAGUCUGUAACCGUUUGCAAACAAAUCAUGGUUGUUUAAACUCACAGUGGUAACACAAAUGAUACCAUAAUAAUCGGUGCUUCUACUUACUAUGAAAGUUACCUCAUACAUGUAAAGAGUACUUUUUGCUAUGGUUUGACCAAUAACGGCAACACUAGUCAAUGACUUAGCACCUUUGGUAUCCAUACGCGAUGUGAUUGGCUAGCAAAAUCCAUUUAAAAAAUUGGAAAUAGAAUGCAUACGGAAGUGAAAAGAACUUAGUUAAGCAUAUAAUUUCCUUUUGUGAAUUACAUAAUGGUAACCAUUAUGGUGAAAUGUGUAAUAUCGUAAGGGUGGAAAAUAGAAUCUAUAAGUUGUUUUUGAAGUGAAAUUUUGUGGUCUAGAACAAUGUGGGAUUCGAUUUUAUUACCGAUGGAACAAUGAACACGUCAUGUGAUCGAAGAAUCUCAGCGUCAGCGAUGGUGUCACCAGGUCAUGUGCACGGAGCAAUGGAGGAGUCACCGCGUCGUGCGUGUGGAAAAGGGGAACGACUGGGGCUGGGAAGCUUGGACAACAAUGAGAGAGAGAAGAAGAGAAUGCAACAAAAUGGGGGAUUCCGCCCGGGAAAGAAAUGGCCGCAGUUCUUGGCAGCUAGUUUGGCAACCAUGGCAUCAAUCUGUGCAGGCUCCGUCAUGGGGUGGACUUCCCAAGCAUUGCCAUACCUUCAGAAGCCGACCAAUAUUGUUGAAGAAAGUGAUGCGUCCAAUUUCACUGUCAUCGGGACUUCUUCUGCGGCAGUGCGAAACGUCAGUGAAGUUUCCGUGUUCCUGGACAAGAAUGGGGCAGUGACUGAGGGAGUAACGCCGAUAGAGGCUUCCUGGAUUGGCUCCCUGGCGCCUCUGGGUGCUCUAGUGGGCGCUCUUCCAGCUGGUCACGUGGCCAACUCUAUCGGACGCAAGAAACUUCUGUUACUCCUCAUCGUACCUUACCUCGUGGGCUGGUCUCUCAUUUUCGCUGCUGGGAAGUCGGCACCACUGAUAUUCACUGCACGGUUCAUAUCUGGAAUUGCUCUCGGCACAGGCUCUGUCAUCGCACCAAUUUACUGCGAAGAAAUUGCCGAAGUGAGAAUAAGAGGAGCCCUUGGGAUAUUCUUUGACCUCCAAGUUAGUAAUGGCAUUCUUUUUGUCUAUAUUGUUGGUGCGUAUUUGUCAUAUCUCUGGCUCUGCAUUACUUCUGCCAUCAUCCCUGUAGUUUUCUUCCUGACAUUCAUUUGGAUACCAGAGUCUCCCAUUUAUCUCGCCUCGAAAGGUAAGAUUAAGGAAGCUGAGAAAUCACUAUAUUGGUUGCGAGGCGCAAGGUACAUAAAGGAUUAUGACAUAAAACCUGAAUUGGAGUACAUUCAGAAAUUUGUUUUGCAAACUGCAAAAGAAUCGCCUUCUCAAGAGACAGCCUCGAAGGAUACAAUAAUACGCAUAAUACUAAUUCUGAAAUAUAUUUCAAAAUGUGUAUUCACGUCUUAUAAAUCACCAACUACUAAAGCUGUAAAAAUAGUUGCUUGUUUAAUGAUGAUCAGACAACUUUGUGGUAUCAAUGCUGUGACUUUCUAUACUGUUGACAUCUUCAAGGGUGCAGGGAGCACAUUGUCGCCAUCUGAGGCUACAAUCAUUGUUGGAAUAGCUGAAGUCUUGGCCACCUAUGUCUCACCCUUCCUUGUGGAACGGGCUGGACGUCGUAUUCUGCUAUUAUUCUCAGGUGCAAAAAUGGCGGUGUGUCAUUUGAUAUUAGUGGUGUAUUUUUAUUUGAAGCAAAUUGAUGUUUCUACGAAAACCUUUGACUGGUUACCUCUCCUUUGUCUUGCUAUGUUUGUAGUUGCUUUUAACCUUGGAUUUGGAUCUCUGCCAUUUGUUAUGAUGGCAGAGCUUGUGCCAAAUGAAUCCAAAAAUUGGGCAAGUGGACUUGCAGUGUCUGUGAAUUGGAUUAUAAUGUUUACAGUUACAAAUUUAUUUGAGGUUACGAUAAAAAACUUGGGAACUAUGAUAACAUUUGCAUUAUUUUGUGGAAUGUGUACUGUAGGAACUGUAGUAGUUGCAUUCAUAGUACCAGAAACCAAAGGGAAGACACGAGAAGAAAUUCAGCUAGAACUGAUGGAAAGAUAAUCCAUGAAAUGAAGUAUAAUCAAAACUCACGUCUUAUAAGAAACUUAUAUUAAGAGAUUAAACUCAAUAUUUAUGACUGUCUGUUUCUUUCUACGUGAGAGCUCACUCCAUUUUUGAGUAUAUAUUGUUAUUUGGUAUCUUUAUCUGUCACUGGACUUACGCAAAUGGUUGUUAAUGCAUCAAACAAAACUUGAUGAACGGGUUAUGUGGUACCACAGUGAUGAACGAAACAAACCGACAGUUAUCAAAACAGAAUAAUGAGUUCUGUGAAGAAUGACACCAAUUUAUUGCAGUAUUUUAUGUAUGAAACGUCUUCUUUAAUUGUUGAUAUAGUUUUUGUUUUAAUGUUUUGUGCUACUUAUAUAAAUAUUACAUUUCUUCAACUAACCUUUUGAAAGAAUUGAUAAUUUUUUUUAAACGUAAAAGUAACUAACAAACUCUAUAGAUCAUAGCUCUUCCUAAGGGCUAAUGCUCACUUUAUCAGUCAAGAAAUUCCCCACUUUUGUGGACCCAAACGUUCAUUACUGUAUUGACAACAGCCUGCCUCUGGAUCCUAUCCAAAGCCAGAAGAAUCUAGUUCAUGCCUUCGCACAUUAUUUUAGAUCCAUUUUAGUAUGAGAUUAUGCUUACAUCUCCUUAAAUAAUUCCAACUAAAAUUAUGUGUACACUUCUUAUAUCUCUAAUGCUUUAUAAACCUGCUACACCUUCUUCAUCUCCUUUAACCACUCCAAUUAAAACAGCCAUUGAUUGAAGGAAAGUACUUCAACAUUUUCUGUAGAAAAUAGAAUAAAACAUAAGUUACAGGUUUUGUGGGUUAUGUUUGAAAACUUGAAAUUGAGGAUAAUGUAUGGAAUGAAAACUUGUAACCAGGAAUAACAUUUGGAAUGUCUCAUAUUUAGUCUAAUGUUUUCUACUAACUGUAAUUGUACGGGGGAGCCGAAAGAUUAAGGAGGGAAUUUUUUGGAAAAGUCACACCUGUUUGUUAAUACGAAAGCUCCCGGUUUUAAUGGGUACAAUUAUGUUUUCAUCUAAGCAGUACUUUUCCUAUAUUCAUGAUACCUGGAAUAAUGUCUGCAUUAAUUAUUGAAUCAUUUAAUAACAGAGAACUACAGAGGGUUGAGAGCUUUUAUUAUCAUGAACUGCGUUAAAUUAAAAGUUCCUAGAAAAGAGAAGCGUGAAACACUUUAUUAUUUAAUGAAGGGUGGGGCUGAUAUUUGAAAUGCUAUUACAAACGUACAGCUGUAAUUGAUUGUUACAAAGCCAAACAUGCUAUAGAUAUCAUUUCGAAUUUUAGAUAAUAUAGGCCUUUGUCUUUCUAUUUUACUAAAUACAGGCACAUACAAUGCAUAAAAUUUCCUGUUUAACUUUCUUUAAAACUGUAAGACCUACAGAAAAAGUGUAUUUGCUCAUAACACUUAUUUUCUUUCUCUCCCCCCCCCCCACAGUACUUUUGCUUUGAUAAAUGUUUAGCAAGUUAAUCUUGAGUUGGAUGCAGAAAUGUUCUUUGUUGUUUGGGUGGUUUCCAUCAUUGUUUUUUGAUUUCAACCAAAAUUCGAAUGUAUUAAAAUCUGAAUAAAAACUCUGCCAUAUCAAAUUUCA